CGCAGACGCCUGGACGCACCGUCGGAGCAGGUCCUUUCGGGGCUCGACGGUGGUGAAGGAGGAGGCCGAGGCCGCCACCGCCGGUGGGAUGGCUCCUCUGCCGGGUCCUGCGGCACCGCCGCGGCUCCUCCUGCUGCCGGCCGCAUCGACGGCUCCGGCGGCCGCUCCAGGGGCUCCCUCGCCUUCCCCGCCGCCCCGUAAGCGGCAGCGCCUGGCGCACCUCAGCCCGGAAGAGAAGGCCCUACGCCGGAAGCUGAAGAACCGCGUGGCGGCGCAGAGCGCUCGCGACCGCAAGAAGGCGCGCAUGGGCGAGCUGGAGCGGCAGGCCGUCGAGCUGGAGACCGAGAACCAGAGGCUGCUGGCGGAGAACCGGCGUCUGCGGGAGCGCGCCCACAGCUUGGCGCGCGAGAAUCACGAUCUGCGCCUCCGUCUCGGGCUUCCCGCGCUGAAGGUGGAAACGCAGGAGGAGACAGCAAGCAUCGCCCCUGAGGGGGCAGAGACCGGGUCUUCUGAGUCCGCAGCACUUAGACUACGUGUUCCUCCGGAAGGGACAGGCCCAGCAGUCUUCUGCCUCCCCAGUGGGGGAGAGGAGGAGGAGGAAGAGGACGAAGGCGGCCUCCUCCUGGGCACAGACAGCCUGGCUUCUUCAGAUGCUGAGUCUGAUCUCCUCCUGGGCAUUUUGGACAGUCUGGACCCAGACAUGUUCCUGCACUGCAGCAGCAGCAACUCCCAGGCAACCGUCUUUGAGAAGCUGCAGCAGGAAGUGUGUGGAGAAGCAGCUGUUCCCCUACCUGCCUCCCCCAGCCCCUCCGUGGGGCCACCCAAGCAAGACGCCAUUAAUGAACUGAUCCGCUUUGAUCACGAAUACACCAAGCCGUUCUUCCUGGAGAUCAUAUCUGAGUCGGCCACCCAGGAGGAAGUAGUGGUGGCUUCUCCUCCCCUGCCAGCCCCCAUCUGUGUGAAGGAGGAGCCUGCAGACACCCUUUUGCCUGAUCUGGGCCUCUGCCACCUGCUCUCUCCAGACCAGAGGCCUCCCUCUCUGCUGGAUGCCGCCAGUGACUCGGGCUACGAAGGCUCGCCCUCCCCGUUCAGCGACCUGUCCUCUCCUGUGGACGCAGACUGCAGCUGGGAGGAGGCCUUUGCCAAGGAGCUGUUUCCUCAGCUGAUCAGUGUGUGACACCUGCUUAGCUUAUGGACAGGCGUUUUGGAAGGACGUUCCUCUCGAAAGUGUUUCAUCAGAUCCCCAAGUAUUGCUUUUUUUGUAUGCCUCCUCUGCCUGCCCACCUGCCUCAUCAAGGUGUUCCGUGGCCCUUCCAAGAAACGAAACCGCCAUUCAAGUCAGCUUUGUUGGAAAGAAGGGCUCCUGCUUAGGGAGAAAUCGCUAAUCCCUCUCAGUAGCUUCUCUUCAAUGUGUAAAUAAAGGCGGCGGUGGGGGUGUGGUCAGAUAUUAUGUAAAUAUACACACUGCUUUUUUUGAAAGUUGUUUUCCUGCAACCUAUUUAAACUUGCUGUAAUUAAAAUGCAGAGCAAGUGA